AUGAACGAGAAGCCGUUUCCCGUGCAGGCGGCUGCAGCAGAUUCACCGUGCGGCAUGACGAUGAGUCAGCUGUGGGUACGCGAGACAGACUCGCAGCCCACGGCCUCUGUGGUUGGGAGCCGCCAGUACUCAGGUGAGAGAUCUGGAACUUUCCUUCAGUUGCUUUCCGAAGCAGAGAGAGGGAGGAGGCUGAUAGAAGCAGCCAAGGAGGGGGCGGUAGAGCAGAUGUGCAGGUUGCUGGCGGCAGGAGCGGAGAUGGGGGUGAGGGACAGAGCGUGGUACAGCCGGACUGUCCUGCACUGGGCAGCAGUCUGGGGCCAUGUGGGGGCAGCAAGCUGCCUCAUAGGGGCCGGUGCGGAGGUUGACGCCAGGGGCAGCAGGCAGACGACGCCCCUACACUUCGCUGCAGCAAAUGGCCACACGGCUCUGGGGGGCCAGACAGGGGUGGCGGUUGAACUGCUGCAGGCGGGAGCUGUCAGUGUGGCCAGGGAUGGCGAGGGGAGGACCCCUCUGGACCUCGCCAUGCAGAACAACGAGCAGCAGCUGGUGGAAAUGCUGCAACAACGCUGA